AUGGCCGGAAAGGACACCAAGGGAAAGAAAGCCGCCCCCAAGGGGUCAAAGCAGGCCAACGCUGCCGCUAAGGCUGCUCUUAAGGGUACCAACUCCCACAAGAAGGUCAAGGCUCGCUUCAGCACCUCCUUCCAUCGCCCUAAGACCCUGAUCACUGCUCGUCAGCCCAAGUACCCCCGUCACUCCAUUGCUCGCCAGCCCCGUCUCGAUGAGCACAAGGUCAUCAUCCACCCUCUCAACACUGAGAGCGCCAUGAAGAAGAUGGAGGAGAACAACACCCUCGUCUUCAUCUGCGAUAUCAAGGCCAACAAGAACCAGAUCAAGCUUGCUCUUAAGAAGCUUUACGAUAUCGACACCAUCAAGAUCAACACCCUGAUCCGACCUGACGGUUCCAAGAAGGCCUACGCCCGUCUCACUCCCGAUGUCGAUGCUCUCGACAUCGCUGCCAACAAGCUCUCCCUCGUUUAA